UCUCUCUCCCCCCUUUUCCCUUUUGUUCCCCUCUCCCCAAAAUGUUCUGUUUCCCAGUGUGCCUCCCUCAUAACGGCUGAGACCAGGGUCUAGGCUGGAAGGAUGGACUCUGUACUGCUGCUGUCUCUGUGGGCUCUGGCUGGCUCUGUCUCUCUGCAGACUGCAGUCCAGGCAUCUGAUGCGUGUCCAGAGAGGCUGCUGGGUAACGAGCGGAGAAGGACGUGUCCAAAACCCUGUACACAGGACAAGGACUGUGGCAACAAGCGCCAGUGUCUGUGUGAUGGCCAGUGUGGCCUCAGCUGUGUGGCUCCAGGUCGUACUUGUCCCUGGCCCCUGCCCUCAGGGAACAGCUUUGUUGCUUCCCUCCUCUCUCCCACUCCCUCCUUCUCUGCCCUCCUCGAGGUGCGUUGUGACACAGGCUACAUGUUGCCCAAUGGCUUGGAUGCAGCCAUCCGUCGUUGCCAAGGCGACCGACAAUGGAGCGGUGAUGAUCCCAACUGCACAGCCCCCUUUGUAGCCCCCACCUCCCCCCAGGUCUCAUGUCCUUUAUCUGAGGAGUUGACCAACACCUUCAGCAUCGAUGGAUCCACAGUCGCUGGAACAACCAUCCGCUACACCUGCCUGUCUGGGGAGCUGGUGGGAAACAGUGAGAAUCUCUGUAAUAUUGAUCAGACCUGGCAGUACCCUCACCCCAUCUGUCAAAGGGUGUGGUGUCCGCCCCCCCAGGAGGUGAACCAGGGGUACCUGGUGGCGGUACAGAGGACUGAGUACGAUGUGGGUGAUGCCAUCUAUUACCUCUGUAAGAAGAACCACCUGCUGGAUGGACCCAACCGGGUCACCUGCCAGCCCAACGGCACCUGGAGCACAGUGCCCUACUGCAGAGCGCGCUGUCCAAUCCCAGCGGAGCGGAGCCGUGUUCUGAUUGGUGGGCUGAAGCGUUGGCCCUAUGACGUGACAGACUCGGUGGUUCCUCACGGAGAGAGCGUGACGUUCUACUGUAAACACUCCAGGAAGCAGUGCAGCUUCCCCUACACACAGACCUGUUUCGACGGCAGGCUCAACCCCCCCUUCUGCUACCUGGAACCCACCUGGCUGCAGUACAAACUGUUCCCUCAUCGGCUGGUGUCGGAGAUCGAGGCCUGCUCUCUUGUAGACCUGGACUAAUACCCCAACACUCCCAUCUCUAUCUCUUGUCCCCCUCUCUCUCAGCCUGUACCAAUGAUAGGCUCUACAUGUCUUAAUAACAGCUGUGUUAAUGAUAAUACAUGCAAUAAUACAGAAGUAAACGUAGUCAUGACUCAUAUAGUUCAAAUGUUCACUUCAUGUGCUGUUACCAUGCGACUCGGACUCCUCCCACUGCGGGAUCUGACUGACCUUACAUGUUGUUUUGUUUUAACAUAGUGUGUUCCUGCCCCAAGCUGGCCCUCAGGAUACUCCUCCUCCUUCUGUUGUUGACACACCAGGCCCUGAGGCUUGGAAGUUCUAUUGAUGUGACGGUUUUGAAAUAAAAACAACGUUUUGCUGUAA